GUGAAACUUUCUGACUCAUAUACACGAGCAAGCAUAGCAAAAAACACAUCAUCUUUCUUUCUUUUUCUUCUAUAUAUUAGUGACGUUUCUCAACACAACAAAUAAUACCAUACUCACAAAAAUGGAAAAGAAUUGGUGUCUCUCAAUGCCAAAGGUUGAACUGCAUGCUCACCUCAAUGGUUCCAUCAGAGUCUCUACACUCUUAGAACUUGCCAAGUCUUUGAAUGAAACUCAAAAGGAUGCUAUAGAUUUCUCUCAAGUCGAACAUCUCAUCACCAAAUGUGAUCUUACACUGACUGAAGUAUUCCAAUUGUUUGAUCUAAUUCACAAUGUCAUCACUGAUCAUAACACUGUUACAAGAAUUACAAAAGAGGUCAUUGAGGAUUUUGCAUCAGAUAAUGUUGUCUAUUUGGAGUUAAGGACUACUCCAAAGAGAAACGAUUCAAUUGGAAUGAACAAACGCUCGUACGUUGACGCUGUAAUAGAAGGCUUGAGAUCAGUUAGCUCGGUUGAUGUGGAUUUCAUUCCAAAGACUGGAGAUUCUAAAUUUCUUACCAAUGAUAAAUGCAAUGGGAAUUCUAGAAAAAGAAUCAUUUUUAGGCUUAUCUUAAGCAUCGACCGCAGAGAAACAACAGAAGCAGCUAUGGAAACUGUCAAGCUUGCACUAGAAAUGAGGCAUUUAGGUGUAGUUGGAAUUGAUCUCUCUGGAAAUCCAAAAACUGGUGAAUGGACUACUUAUUUACCAGCACUGAAAUUCGCGCGAGAACAAGGUCUUAAUGUAACACUUCAUUCUGGAGAGAUACGCAAUUCGAAGGAGAUAAAAAAUAUGCUUGAAUUUCAUCCCCAAAGGAUUGGACAUGCUUGUUACUUUGAAGAUGAACACUGGAGAAAGUUGAAGUCUUCUAAAAUUCCGGUUGAAAUUUGUUUGACAUCAAACAUCAGGACAUUCUCUGUAGCAUCUAUAGAAGUUCACCAUUUUGCUUAUUUGUAUAAGGCAAAACAUCCUUUAGUCCUAUGUACUGAUGACACAUGUGUAUUCAAUACAACUCUCUCCGAGGAAUACAAAUAUGCUGCUGAUUCAUUUGGGUUGGGAAGGUGGGAAAUGUUUGAACUAUCAAGGAAUGCUGUGGAGUAUAUAUUUGCAGAUAAUGGAGUGAAGAAUGAUUUAAGAAAAUAUUUUAAUUCAGUGUCAAAGAAUAUGGAAGUGUGAGUAAAAUUUUCAUGUAAGAGAAUAUUUUUAUUUGGUUCAUAUGACUAUAUGUCAGUCAGGGAUUGCAAUAAUAGACAAAUAAAAUACCCUUAAUAAUAUUGAAUAUUUAUUUCAUUGCAA